AUGUAUGCAGCAACGGCUGACUACAGCAUGCGCUUUAAAAGAUGUGUAACUUUUCAUUUAAAAUAUAAAGUCAUACGGAACUGGUACACUGGAGUAGAAUAUUUCCUCGUCAUUUUGCUGUUUUCUAUGCAUAGAUUAUGUACGACCCGUCAUAUAAUAUUCAGUAAGUUUACCGUUCAUGAUCCAUUGUUUAAGUACAGCGGAGGUAGAGUUAUUUCUUUAGCUUCCUUUAUAGAGGCUGAUACAACAGUAACCAUCCUUCUUCUAACAGUCUUGGUGACUUUUAAUAUAACUGGGUCAAACUCUAAAAGUUGGAGAUUUCUUGAAACCAUAAAUGUAGAAGUAGCACUUAGCAUUUAUUAA